AUUAGUCGACUUCAGGAACUUGACCGUUUCAAAUUUUAAUUACAAGACAAGACAAUUAGUGCACCCAUAAAAUGUGAGCGCUGUGAGACUCGACAAUAGUUGUGAGGCUAGGACAAGAUGACGUCGUCGACCACAAGAUGGCGGCUGGUGGCGGUGUACGUGCUGUGUGUAGCGCUGCGCCCGCCUGCCGCCAGCGCCUCGCAGCAGAUCAUGAAGCAGCUCACCGCAGGGUUCAUUAAAGCCAUGGAAGUCUGCAGAAAUGAGUUAAACCUGGGAGACCACAUAAUGCAAGACUUCAUGAACUUCUGGCGCGAGGAGUACGAGCUGGUGAACCGCGAUCUAGGUUGCGCCAUCAGCUGCAUCGCCGCCAAGCUGGAUCUGCUCACUGAGGACCUCAGGAUGCACCACGACAACGCGAGGGAGUUCGCUAUUAAACAUGGAGCUGAUGAGGAUAUAGCGAAGCAGUUGGUUUCAAUGAUCCACGAGUGCGAGCGCAACAACGAGGGUGACAGCGACGACUGCCAGCGUGUACUGGAGAUCAGCAAAUGCUUCCGCACCAAGAUACAUGAACUCAAAUGGGCGCCUUCUAUGGAGGUGCUGCUAGAGGAGAUCAUGACAGAAGUCUAGGAGGACAACAAGACAUUUGAAGUUUGAACAACACAUAGAAUAUUCCUGGAUAGUUGAAACAUCAGAGCUUACCCUGCCGUACCAUGGAUUCCGAUUAAUUUAAAUGUUACAAUUCUCCCUCCAACCUCGUCAGCUAGUUCCUAGUCUAUAUUUAUUGUGCUUUUUACUUUAAUUAAAAUAAAAUGUAGGUGUUAAAUAGUUUGAAACGGUUGUAUAAUAAAUGUG